AUGCGCACCAAGAGUGACUUAAAGGCGCGUUUCGAAAUGACCGACAGUGGGAAGUGCGCAUUCGUGUUGGGCAUCGAGCUGGUAGACAACGACGACGGUAGCGUGACGAUGUGCCAGCGACGCUACGUGGAAGAUGUUCUCAAGCGUUUUGGCACGAGCGACUGCAAAGCCGUCACCAGCCCAACAGACAUCAGUUCUCGAAUCACACCAAGCACCGCAACAACCAAAAUCCAUGCCCCGUUUCGUGAAGCAGUAGGCGCUCUGAUGCACUUGAUGACCGCGACACGACCGGACAUUGCCUUUGCUGUGAGUUACGUUUCGCGCUUCAUGGAGAACCCCCAAGUCGAGCAUUGGAUGGCGGUCAAGCGCAUUUUGCGAUACUUACAAGGGACUAAGUCGCACGGUAUCUGCUUCAAGCCUGAUGACAAGAUAGACUUUUGUGGCUACUCGGAUGCAGACUGGGCCGGCGACCAUGCAGACCGCAAGUCGACUUCAGGAUACGCGUUUAUCCUGAUGGGUGCUCCGGUGAGCUGGGGAAGCAAAAAGAAGUCAAGUGUGUUGCUGUCAACAAGUGAAGCUGAGUACAUUGCACUAAGUCUGGCGAUUCAAGAAGGCAAGUGGGUGCAUCGAUUGCUGUGCGAGAUUCUGGAUACCGCAGAGGACAAGUCUGGACCCGAGCUCAAGAUCAUGGAAGACAACCAGUCGUGCAUCAAGAUGACGAAGAAUCCGGUGAACCAUGGUCGGGCCAAGUACAUCGACAUCAAGUACCACCACAUUCGUGAUGAAGUCAAGCGUGGUGAUGUCAAGUUGGAGUACUGUGAGACUACGAUCAUGUUGGCGGACAUCAUGACGAAGGGACUGCCAGGACCGCGUCACAAGGACUUGACGGCAGCGCUCGGCAUACACGCGUGUUCGCAUUGA